AUGCCAAAGUGGAGUCCUAAGGUUAAUCAUCUAGCGUAUGCUGAUGAUACUAUCAUCUUCUCAUCGUCUGAUGCUACUUCAUUACAACUAAUUAUGGAGGUGUUGGAUGCAUAUGAGGUAGCUUCUGGACAAUUAAUUAACAAGGCAAAAUCAAUAAUCUAUAUGCAUCAUUCAACAAGUGUGGAGGUUGUGAACAAGGUGCAAAGAGUGACUGAAAUUGACAAGCAUGAAUUUCCUUUCACUUACCUAGGUUGUCCAAUAUUCUAUGCUAGAAGGAAAAUGGACUACUAUCAAGGGCUUGUUAACAAAGUACUUGACAAGCUUCAAUCAUGGAAAGGAUUAUUAUACUUUGUUACUCCUCCAUACUUCUACUGCGAUGAAUCUGUCCACAACAUAUAUGAUGUGAUUGUAAAUGGCUCGUGGGAUGAAGGCAUUAAUAUGGAAGGAUUAUCGAUGCAGCAGACAAUUCUAAAAUGUUGGGCAGCUCAGGUGGUACCUAGAUUAAAGCCUAUACUCCAGGAUUUACCUUCGAUUAUAGUGUGGGAACUUUGA